UUUCACAUGAACUGAGACGUUGAAAGCCUCACAGCUCCGUCGUUCUUCUUUUCUCCCUUGGGAAUUGAAUGCAACACGUUUCUAGAGCGUUUCGGCACGAUUUUUGCGGCGUGGGAAUGUCGAUUUAAAGAACAGCAUCCUUACAUGCGGUUAGGAGCCGUGUUGGCCCGUAAUGCCCGCAUCCUGACAGAUAAUGCCAUCCGGGCGCGUUUUUCUGAGCAGCGCAUCAUUCCCAGUGACCGUUUCCUGGUCACGUUUCCUGAUCCUGCUGUGUUUAGAUGCUACCUCGCUGUCAUUAAUUGGAGCUUGUGGUGAAAUCAAGCAGCAACUGGUUCCUCGGUUGUCUCCCCUCCGAGCUCUCGAAGAGAUGGGAAGCUUUCCGUGCAGCCUCUCCACGCUGCAGCGCUGACGGCUGUGAGGAGUGGAUGCUGCUGCAGAGAGCAGGGGCUCUGCUGAUCUGUUGGGGAGUCUUCUUUCCAGCCAGUCCUCCUAAUCCCAAUGGAGCAGCAAGACGAACAAGUUGGGGGCUUGUCCCACCAUGGCAGCAGCCAGGAUCUUGGUUCUCCACCCAUCUCCUCUUUUGAGCCUGGAGAAAGCUCUCAGCAGGAGGACGGUACAGUGAUGAGGAGGAGUGAGAGCUACCUACCAGUCCCUGGUGAGGACAAAAACCUGGAUGGAGACUUCAAUGGGAAGACCAGGAAUGAUGAGUCCAUGCCAAUGAAAACUCUGUAUGCGAGCGAUGGCUCACUCCUGCAUCUGCCCCUUGGUCCGUACUUCUCUGAUGGACAGCGGCGUGUGGACUAUGUUCUGACCUAUGGUAUCCAGAAGCCCAGCGCCAUCCGGCGCCAGUCAUCCAAGCUGAGUGACAACGGCUACUUCCAUCGGCUUUGGCGCAGCCUGAGCUCCAGGAGCAGCCGAGCGCCACUGCAGCUGAAGGAAGACCCAGAGGUUGCAGCCACAGAACAACAGGCUAAUUAUCAUGAGGAUGACAAGCGCUUCAAGCGGGAGGAGUUUGAGCAAAACCUUCAGGAGAUGGGACUGGAGCUGGAAAAGGACGAAGGGGGUAAAAUCGCUGGAAUUGGCUUCUUGAAGAUCCAUGCUCCCUGGGCCGUUUUGUGUCGAGAGGCUGAGAUCAUGAAACUCAAGAUGCCAACAAAGCAGGUUUAUGAAGUGAAACAAGGCAGCAACCUGGUGGAGAAAAUUCGACUGUUCAUUCACAAAGUUACUGAUCCUCUCCACCCAAAAGUGGGUCCCAAACGGCCUGAAGAUGUCAAAUCGCUCUCCCUUCCUUUUUCAAAGGAGAAGCAGCACCUUUUUGACCUCUCUGACAGAGACAAGUUCUUUGACAGCAAGACGAGAAGCUCCAUUGUCUAUGAAGUACUGAAGAGGAUACGAUGGACCAGACCCAACUACUCUUUGGGGAUCACCAGUCUGCUAGCCAACGGUGUCUACACAUCUGCUUAUCCACUGCAUGAUGGAGACAUUGAUGGGGUUACUGCAGAGCCUAAUGACAGGAAGUUAUUGUUCGAGGAAUGGGCCAGCUACAGUGUUUUCUACAAGUAUCAGCCUAUUGGACUGAUCAGGAAGUACUUUGGAGAAAAAGUUGGUCUCUACUUCGCCUGGUUAGGAGUUUAUACCCAGAUGCUCAUCCCAGCUGCCAUCGUUGGAGUCAUUGUGUUCCUUUACGGCUGUGCCACAGUUGAUGAUAAUAUACCUAGCAUGGAGAUCUGUGAUCCCAGGAACAACAUCACCAUGUGUCCGCUGUGUGACAGUGUCUGCAGUUACUGGAAGCUGGAGACGGCGUGUGGCACAGCCAGAGCCAGCCACCUGUUUGACAACCCAGCAACAGUCUUCUUCUCCAUCUUCAUGGCUCUUUGGGCUGUUCUCUUCAUGGAGCACUGGAAGAGGCGUCAGAUGCGACUCAACUACGUCUGGGACCUGACAGAUUACGGAAUGGAAGAGGAGGACCACAACAGAGCAGAGUAUGAGUUGCGGGUCGCAGAAAAGACCAUGAGACAAGACCAAGGAGCUGCAAAGGACGAGAAAGUGAAGCUAACGUGUACAGACAGAAUGCCAGCUUAUCUGACCACUGUGGUCAUGAUGAGCUUUAUGAUUUUCAUAACCUUUGUGAUCGCCUUUGGGGUCAUCCUGUACCGGAUCAGCAUCAAGACUGCGCUGCAUCUGAGCACCUACCCUGCUGCACGCUCCAACAUUCGAGCCACAGUGAAAACCACCGCCGCCAUUAUCAACGUUAUCGUCAUCAUCAUCCUGGAUGAGAUCUACGCUUCCAUCGCCCGCUGGCUCACCACUCUCGAGGUUCCAAAGACAGACAAGAGUUUUGAGGAGCGCCUCAUUUUCAAAACAUUCAUCUUGAAGUUCGUUAACGCCUUCACACCCAUCGUCUACCUGGCUUUCUUCAGAGGAAGACUUGUUGGGAGACCUGGAAAGUACCUGUAUGUGGUUGGCUCCUACAGGAUGGAGGAGUGUGCUCAUGCUGGCUGUCUCAUGGAGCUUUGCAUACAGCUGUGCAUCACCAUGCUGGGCAAGCAGCUCAUCCAGAACAACCUCUUUGAGAUUGGCAUACCGAAGCUAAAGAAACUUCUCCGGAAAAGGAAGUCAGAACUGACCUCCAAGCAAGAAGAGGAGCUCCACAAAACUCUGAAGCGCUAUGAGAAAGAUCACGUCCUUGGUCCUUUUGUUGGCAUCAACCCUGAGUACAUGGAGAUGAUCAUCCAGUUUGGCAUGGUGACACUCUUUGUGGCCUCCUUCCCUCUGGCGCCUCUCUUUGCUCUUCUGAAUAACAUCAUUGAAAUCCGCCUGGAUGCCAAGAAGUUUGUUUUGGAGCUGCGGAGGCCCAUUGCAUCCAAAGUCAAGGACAUUGGUAUCUGGUACAAUCUGCUGAGGGGCCUCAGCAAGGUGGCCGUCAUUGUUAAUGCUUUCGUCAUUGCCUUCACAUCGGACUUCGUCCCUCGGCUCGUCUACCAGUACACAUACAGUCCUGAUGGGACUAUGCAUGGCUUUGUCAACCACACGCUGUCAUAUUUCAACGUCAGUGACUUUCAGAAUGGUACAGAACCAAAUCCCCCUAACUUCAAUGUAAAGGUCUGCAGGUAUAAGGAUUACAGAGAGCCUCCCUGGUCCAACACAUCGUAUGAACUGUCCAAGGAGUUCUGGGCCAUUCUGGCCGUCCGCCUCGCCUUCGUUAUUGUCUUCCAGAACGUGGUGAUGCUCAUGAGUGACUUUGUGGACUGGCUCAUCCCGGACAUCCCCAAGGACAUCAGCUUCCAGAUCCACAAGGAGAAGCUCCUCAUGUUGGACCAUUUCAUGAAAGAAGAGGGGAGAAGGCGAGACAACCACAACCAUGACGGCUACACCAGCCCCUCGUCGGGUAUUGCCAGCCCCCAUUCACGCCCCACUUUCCAUACUAGAGCUGGCUGGUAACGUUUCACCGAGUCCUUAACGCAUGGCUUCCUUUUUCUCAUCAGCAAGACUUCUGCUCCAUUUCCAUUGAUUGGGAAUUUUAAAAUGUCCCUGAUGUGUUCCUGUCAGAAUUCUGUCCCUGGAUUGUUUCCAAGAACUUUCCAUUUUAGAUGUUAUUCAUAUCACACAUCCUCAGUCACUGACCACGAACUCUGUAAAUGGUGUCCUGUCGCCGAUGCACAAAUCUGCCAAAUGUAUUUAUUAGAUGUAAUGGAGAGGAAGAAGCCAUUAAGAGUCACUGCGGGACCAAGUUCAGGUUUACUCUGAGGAAGCUGUGCCACCUCUGCCAUGGGACCAACUCCUUUCAUUUUGAAGACGAUCUGAAACUCCGUCCAAACCAUUAUCAGCUUUUUCCUUAUCUUAUUUCUGGGGGCUGGUUCCAAAGGAGAUAUACUGUCAUGUGUCCAACACAUGAUAUACUGUCAUGUGUUGCACACAUAUGUACAAACACAGGUAUUUAUUGACUUACUUUUUAAAAUAUGCAUCAUGGAUAGGCACAUGCACAUUGAUUUCAGAAUUAGAAGCUGGUAUGAAAUGGCUUUUGGCAUCUUUUCUUUCAAUAUUCACUCAUACGUUACAGUAACAUGUCUGUGCUGUUGGGCUUCAAGUGCAGCUGUAGAUUUUAUGUACCAGGAGAAAGGGAACUAUCAAUACUGAGGUAGUUGUGAAUAGUUUUAAUGCCUGAUUAACUUUAGUCUGUAGAGAGCAGCAAGUUUAUAAUAAUUAGUGUUUUUAACAUUGAUCAGAAACAUUUUAGCAGUGAGAAACCAUAUGAUGCAUCAUUAAUCUGCUUGUUUAUGAUUGUUUUACUCAAAGAGCACAAAACAAAUGACUUUAGGACCUGUAACGUUGCUAACUUUAGUUGUAUAUUUUCAGACAGAAGAAAUAAUAUCAGAAGUUAGUCAAGAGUUUUUUCUAAGAUUCAGACUGUAGAAAACAAUAAAAGAAAAAGAAAAACAAGCUUCUCUGAAGACUAAACACACUCACAUGAGAUGGUUGUGUUUUAUGGUUAAUUUCUUACCUUCAACAUUAAAAAAGAUUGAUUGAAAAUAAAAUUAUGGGAUAACUGGAUAUUGGAAAAAAACACUGUUAACUUUUGUUUUAGAUUUAAAAUUGUUACAACGGAUUUUCCAUUUGUUCACCUUAAAGACUUUUGUAGCAUAAAGUUUUCAUAAUCAACAUGAAGUGCAACAGCCAUAAAAUAGAAUCCAUCUUUAACUGCAGAGAAACUGGAAUUUCAACUGAAAAACAUCUGAGUGUUUUGAAGCUUAAAAUUCUUGAUGUAUCUGAAAUGGUGUUAAAAUGAUAUUUGGCUAUGUGAUGAUAUUAAACUUGUGUGUAUAGUAAACCAAUAUUAUACAUAACCAAAAAUUGUAUUGUACCAAAACAAUAUGGUGUGGUUUCAACUCUUCUUAGCCGCUUUCCGAUGGCCUUUAGUUUGAACGCAAAGCAAGGAUCACCAGAACUAACUGCCUUAUAAUCUACCAGCUGGGAUUGAAAUAGUUACCAGAUUAAUUUAUUGUCUGCCCAUCCAAUGUGCCGCUGUAUACCAGUGAAACCUGAUGAAGCAGGGCUUUUUCAUAAUUAUCUUGCCUUAUUUUUUGAUUUCACUAUACACUGCAUCAUUUUACCUGUCCUUUCUCAAAGACUGAAUAGUUUUGUGUUUUUCUAUCUGCUUAAAGCAAAAUGUGGGAGUGACUUGAAAUUGCAUUGAAGAGUGGAAGUGGACAGUCAGACCAAUCUAACUGAGGGAUUCAACCAGUUCUUAUUUCAGCUCCCAAUUCAGACUGAUGGAAUGUGUUCUUUUUUUUAAUCAAGUUAUGUAAAAUGCAUUUGAAAUGGAAUGUUGUCUUUUUGAUUAGAUUAGCAUGGCAUUCCAGAUAUUAAAGGGACCAAUGACAUAAACUUUUA